CUAUCCUGAAAUGAGAGUGAAAGUUAGUCUGAGUGUGAGCAGAGCUGCGGUCGAGAAAAGUCUCCCUGUUUCUCUCUAAAGACAAAUUCAAGCAAAGUCUUGGAGUUUUUCUCAACUGAACAGCAGAAUCUGUGUCCAUCAGCGGUUGUAGAAAUGUCUGCUGCCAGCUGUCUGCUGACUGAAGAUCAGUUCCUGUGCUCCAUCUGUCUGGAUGUGUUCACUGAUCCUGUCGCCUUAUCAUGUGGACACAACUUCUGUAAAAGCUGCAUCACUGAACACUGGGAUGUUAAAGUCCAACAUGAUUGUCCAAACUGUAAAGAGGUUUUCAACACAAGACCUGAGCUGCAGGUCAACACCUUCAUCUCUGAGAUGGCUGCUCAGUUCAGACAGGAGCUCAACAGGAAGCCAGCAGCAGCAGCUCAGAGCAACAGUUCCAAACCAGGAGAAGUUCCCUGUGACGUCUGCACUGGAACCAAACUGAAGGCCCUGAAGUCCUGCCUGGUGUGUCUGGUUUCUUACUGUGAGACUCACCUGGAGCCUCACCUGACAGCUUCACGUCUGAAGAGACAUCAGCUGAUCGACCCUGUGGAGAACCUGGAAGGCAGGAUGUGUGAGAAGCACGACAAACUGCUGGAGCUGUUCUGUAAGAACGACCAGAUGUGCGUCUGCAUGAUGUGCACUAUCUUAGACCACAAGACACAUGAUGUUGUUGCUCUGAGAGAAGAAUAUGAAGGAAAGAAGGCCGAGCUGGGGAAGACAGAGGCUGAAAUUCAGCAGAUGAUCCAGAAGAGACGACUGAAGCUUGAAGAGUUCAAACAGUCAGUGGAGCUCAGCAAGAAGAAUGCAGACAGAGAGAUGGCAGAAGGUGUUCAGGUCUUCAGCGCUCUGAUGGAGACUGUUGAGAGACGCCUAAAUAAUCUGACGGACACGAUCAAAGAGAAGCAGAGAGAGACGGAGGAACAGGCUGAAGGCUUCAUCAAAGAGCUGCAACAGGAAAUCUCUGAGCUGGAGAAGAGAAGCUCUGAAGUGAAGAAGCUCUCACGCUCUGAAGACCACCUCCACCUCCUCCAAAACAUCACGGCCCUGAACGCUGCUCCACCCACCAAGAACUGGACUGGAGUCAGAGUCCAUCCACCUUCAUAUGAGGGGACUGUGGUGAGAGCUGUGAAGCAGCUGGAGGAGACGCUCAGUGAACAGAUGAAGAAGAUGAUCUCUGAGGCCGAGCUGAAGAGAGUCCAGCAGUAUGAGGUGGAUCUGACUCUUGAUCCUGAUACAGCAUAUCCUAAACUCAUCCUGUCUGAUGAUGGAAAACAAGUUCAUCACAGUGAUGUGAGGAAGGAUCUCCCAGACAAUCCAGAGAGAUUUGAUCCUUGUGUUAUUGUCUUAUCAAAGCAGAGUUUCUCUUCAGGCAGAUUUUACUUCGAGGUUCAGGUUAAAGGGAAGACUGAGUGGGGUUUAGGAGUGGUCAGAGAGUCGAUCAACAGGAAGGGAGACAUCACACUGAGUCCUCAGAAAGGUUUCUGGACGAUAUGGUUGAUGAAUGAAAAUGAGUACGCAGCUUGUGCUGACCCUUCAGUCCGUCUCUCUCUGCAGUCUGGUCCUGAGAAGGUGGGGGUGUUUGUGGACUAUGAGGAGGGUCUGGUCUCCUUUUAUGACAUUGAUGCUGCAGCUCUGAUCUACUCCUUCACUGGCUGCUCCUUCACUGAGAAACUCUACCCAUUCUUUAGUCCUGGUCCUAAUGAUGGAGGUAAAAACUCUGCUCCUCUGAUCAUCUCUCCUGUCAACCAAACUGAGGAGAGCAACCACUGAGUUUCAGAGAAAGGUUGAUGUCAAAGAGAACACCUGAAGAGGUGUCCAUCAUCACAAAUGUCUUUAAGGCCUUUAAGGUGUCCUUUAGUUCCUGAAUAUGACCCUUGAUGUGUUUCAUCCUGCUGACAGCAUGCUCACUCCUUGAAGACAAACAUUUCUUUCGUGAGAUUAAAAUUAUAAUCUGAGUUUUAUAACUGUUAGAGUCAAAUUGUGAGCGUCUGCAGAGAGUUGGUGUUAACAGCAGCGUGCUGUUUACUGUAGAGGAGGUGACAUGCACAAGAUUUCAGGUGACCAUGACCACAGUUACACCUCUUCUUGACA